UUUAAUUUCUGAAGUUUAUUAUUAUUUUGCUAAUUAUUGUGACUGAAAUGUUUUAGAGCCAGGAUUCGGGUUAGUAUAGAUGGAAAGGUUCAUUUAAAGAGUUUAAUGUUUGUGUAAAAUCAUGAUUAGUUUAUUCGGAGGGGACAUCAGCAAGGGUCUUGAAAAUGUCCCUGUUUGUAUUGAAAGAGACGUGAGUGAAGACAGUUUGCCCAACUUCCAGUAUGCUCCAGAGAACGUUCAGGGCGUGGGCUGUGAUGUUGACCCGAGUGAAGUGACCCUGCCAGGCUGCUCGUGUUGCUCGCCAUCCUGCGUGCAGCCCAGCUGCCCGUGCCUGCGUUUUGGCCUGGCGUACACCGAGGGAGGUUUCCUGGAGCAGCGAGAGGAGUCGGGUGCCUCUUACAGCCAACCCGUGUUUGAAUGUAACGCGCUGUGUGCGUGUGGAGAGUCCUGCCAGUCCCGCGUUGUCCAGAACGGCCUGCAAACCCGCCUCUGUGUUUUCCGAACCGAGAACCGUGGCUGGGGGGUCGUGACCCUGGAAUCCAUCAAACGUGGCAGUUUUGUGUGCGAGUACGCUGGGGAAGUGAUCGGGUUUGAGGAGGCACAGCAGAGGCAACUGUCCCAGAGUCCUGAGGAUAUGAAUUACAUCAUUGCCGUGCAGGAGCACGGUGGUUCGCAGAGGGUAGGUGUGACGUUUGUGGACCCGGUCGCCGUGGGCAACGUGGGCCGCUUUCUGAACCACUCGUGUUGGCCAAACUUGACCAUGGUGCCUGUGCGCGUGCACUCAGUGGUGCCCAGACUGGCCCUGUUCUCCAGCCGGGACAUCGAGUCGGGCGAGGAACUCACCUUCGAUUACUCAGGAGGACGCGCACAGAGAACUGACGUUUCUGGUCCAGGAGAUCUCCAGAGGAAAGUGUGUCUCUGUGGUGCGCAGAACUGCAUUGGCUUUUUGCCUUUAGACAUUUCAGUCCUGCACUGAGAAUACAGCCGAGAAAUGAUUCUGAAGCUUAUUUCGAGUUUAUAAUGCGACAUUAACACCACGUGGGUCGUCGUGACGUACACACACACAUACAGUAUUGCAGCAUUAUCUGUUUCCUGACAGCACGUCUUAAAGAGACAGUAAUUAUGAAAUGACAGCUCAGAGAGUCGGUACUUGGAGCUGCCUCUGUUCCAAGACACGGAAAAUUGAUGUUUCUAUAGAAAUGCACACAAUUAUCCUUUCCUGAUGGUGGUACAGGGGGUCGCGCUGACACCUCACAGUCCCUGGUUCGAGCCGAAGCUCAGCGCACUGUCUGUAUGGAUGGUCUCGUGUUCUCCCCGUGACUGUGUGGACAUCCGUCAGAUUUAUUAUUUGGUCAGUCAUAGAAAAUGAUAAGGAACGUUUCAUCGACGUGCACUGUAUUAAAUCCUGACAUUACACUCGUUAAUGGCUUUAAUUGUCGGAGCUGCGACUAUUCUGUGGUCAUUAGUCAUGUUGAUAUAAAACAUGAACUUGCACUGUAAAGGUAGCAAUUUCAGAAAAUUCCCAAGUGGUAAUUUAGCUUUUGGGAAAAUUCUGAAUUCCAAACUUGUUCCCAGAUUGCUUACUUAGCUUUUGGAAAAAUUCGGAGUCUCCAAAUUGGCAGUUUAAGAUUGAGACAAUUUUGAAUUCCCAACUUCUUUCCGCACGAGUAGUUUAGAUUUCAGGAAAUUCUGAGUUCCCAAACUGGUAAUUUUGAUUUCAGUAAAUUCAGAACAUUCUGGUAUUUUAACAGUUGGAGCUUUUUUACAACUCAGAAGGUCAUAAAUCCAAUAAUUCCAUGUGAUACCAAAUAGCAAUUCUCAACAAGACAAAAAAAUCUUCUACUUCAAAAUGGCCACCUCAGUAACAUUAUAGUAUUGAGCUCCAUGGUGAAGUUUUGUUUGUGAUUUGAGAUCAGUCCAUCACAUCGUGUCCUUGUGUGUGUGACGUCACUGAGCUGAAUCUGGUUAGACACAGUACGUAAAGUUUAUCCCUCAGUGUAACUGGCUAACUCGCUUGUCUACUUUCUUGAACCACUUAUUCCAUUCCGCUUAUGUUCUGUGUCGUAAACACCGGUCCAGGUUUCCUUCCUGACUGUCUACAUCCAUCUUUUGAGCAAGUUUCAGAACCAUCGCCUUCCCCUUUAACAGAACUUUCCAUCGGAGCCAAAGCUCAGGGGAAAUAAGCAAUUAAAAAGAGCCUCUGGGUGUUUGGAUAUAGUAACAGCACUCUCUCCCCAGCGCCACACGAAGGAGGGGGCCAGAGCGACCCACUUCAGAGUCGUCAUUCUUAAAUCCCGUCUCCUGUCUCUCCUCCACGUCUCUGCCCCACUUCUCGCCAAGGACCCGCUUUCAUCUCAACAGCGAUAUUAAUAUUCUCAUCUGGGUUAAUUAGCCCAGAGACCCGAGAUGCAGAGCAGGGCUCCAGAAACGAGACCAGAACACGAGGCAUGUCGGCGUGAGAGCUGAUCCGCUCUGUGUGCAUGUGGAGGGUAAAUAAUCCACGGUAACGUCCAGUAUGUUAAUCACAACUCUGCAGCGUUUUCUCCCAGAUUUAACUCCUCUCGCAGGUUAACCAUUUCAACGCUCAACUCAUUAUUCAGUGAAUUAUUCUGAAGCAUGUGAUUUAAUCUGGAUCCACAAGUUAAUCCUAAAGUCCUCGGAUAAAAUAAAUGACUAUAAUUUCCCCGUUACUCCAAAUGUCAGUCAGCCAAAACAUGUUUGCAGUCUUUAUUUCUUUAGAUCAGCACUCGAGAGAUGAGUUUAAUAGAGCAAGAAUUUACAGAGGUCUGUCAUGCAAACCCAGUUCUGCCCAAAUCUUCUUGUGUUUGGAUGUGUAAAUGUUUCAAAUCCCAUUUGAAGAUCUCUCAAUCUCACUUUUCAAUAAACAAUUCUGUAACCUAACAGCGACGGGUCAGGAUUACGUUUAAGAGAUUUAAGUUCUGGUUGUUGAAUUUGAUUUUAUUCAUAUUUUCUUCACUUUUAGCAAGCAAUAUACACUGUCACAAAGCAGUUGCAGAAAUCUGGACGUAGAUUUAAAUCCCUCAUGAGCAAGUCAGAGGCGACACGAGGAAGAACCAAGACUCAAAAGGCAACCCAUCCUCUUUUGGGUUGUCCAAGAUGGUCGCCUCGCUUCUGUAACAUCACAAUAUUCAGCUACAGCGAAGGGUUUUUUCUCUACGUCCUAAACCGCAGAUCAGAAAGAUCUGGGUUUGGUUCGAGGCAGAGGAUUACACAAAACGUUUUGGCUUGGACAGACCUCCAUGACUUUUUGGAGUUUAAAUUCAACACCAGUCAUGUAUUGGUUAAUUUGAUGUAAAGGAGGAUUUUUUUUUUUUUUUUUUUGCCAGAUUAUUCCUUGAAUCGAGUGGAGCAGAGAGACUCUUCCUUUGUAUCAGGUAAAUUAGAGGAUAUCAGCACCCUGGUUAGACAUCGUUAUGAGAUCAUCUUGAUUGUGAUGAUCAUAUAGCCCUGUAUGAAUCAGGGGUGCCAUAACUUCUGGAUUGAUUCGACUGUUUUGGUUUAUUCUGCACAUAUUCGCUCAUGAGUGCCUGCAUUAGGCCUGUCAUUUUUUAAAGCUGUCCAACUGUGAUUUGUCACCAAGAUCUUUUCUCUUCCUCUGUGGUUGCUGUGAUUGGAGUUUUAUGAACGCGUUUUUCCCCAGAAGCUUUUGUUAACGCCAUUAUAAGCAGUGUUUAUUAACCGUGCUUCUCUUCUUCUCUGCUGUCUGUUAAACCGCUUCCUUAGAAAAUGAGUGCAUGGUCUGAGCCCAGCCCGUGAGGGCCUUUCAGUCUCCCAAAAGUGAUUUUCAUAAAGGAUUUAGUUCAGUGUGGCUGCAGGGUCAUGAGCUGCAGCUCCGGUCUGAAUUGUUGUGAAAAUAGUUUUUUUUUUUGUUUCACUGCUGUUCUGUAACUUCCUGACAGGUUACAAUGCACCCAAGAAAGCUGCUUUUAGUGUGGAUUAUCAGUGGUGGUUCCUCUUCAGUGCAUGAGGAACCGUGAAACUGACUUGCCUGUGAUCGACCAUCUGAAAUUUGACUUCUGUCUCAUGACUCAUUCCACUGAGUGAGUAAGCAAGUCUCCCAAGUCUCUAUGGCAACAGAACGUGCGAUAUCGAUUGGACGGCAAGUGUGGGCAGUGUUUCAGAGCAAUCGUUGGCCGGUGAAAGCAGAAAUCCUGCACUGCUGAUGGAGCGACCUUCAGAUGCCCUCAGAGUCAGAGCUGGCAUCGUCACAAUUCGAUUUUAGCCAAAGUGACUUAUGAGGCUUGAUGCGUCCUGUCUGUCAGGGAGCAGGCUAGGGUCUCGGCAUGAGGGUCAUGACCUGAACAGUCUUAAGAUUCCAUUUCACAAGAUAGAAUCUCAUACAUCAGCAUGUUGGAAGGUGCCUUAAAGGGAAGUGUGCAGAUGCAGUGCAGUCUACAUGCUGAACUUGCUUCUGGAUUUUCACUGAAAAACAGAAGCAAAAGGUAAAGUCGAGUGCAGGAAUGUUCAGCUUCAGACGUUCAAUUAUUGGAUGAUCUUUGCAUGUUAAUUAAAGAACAGGACAUCAAAACUUUUUUUUUUUUUUUAUCCGUUUCUAAUUACAUUACAUUGCAUUUAGCAGACGCUCUUUUCCAGAGUGACGUACAACGAGUACAAAAGUCAGGUACACAAAGCGCUGAACUUCUAGACACUAAAGUUCUAGUGCCAGCUGAACAAGUUGACAGCAAUACCAAGUGUAAUAUUCUGUUGAAGUAGCAAUACUCAAACAGCCAAGGAAACAAACCAACUCUCUCUCAUAUACGGGUCCGUCUCAGAAACUGCUCUCUCAUUUGGGACAUUAUGGUCAAAAAAUAAAUUUUCUAAUUUUACUUUUUUUUUUUUUGCAUUUGCCUAACACUCAAUGUUUCUUUUGUCAUGUUUAAUAAGAAUAAAGAUAGUAUCUUGCUUUA